CCAACCCGAGGCUCGGGCGGAGGUUGGGAGUGAAGCUUCUGGAAGGCGCCUUUAAAGGCGCCGGGCCAGCGCGCGGGGCGUUUCGGGGCCGCGGCCGCCGGGGGGUCGGGCGCGCCGGGGUCGCCGCGGGCCGGCGGGACGCGCAGGAUGAACCACAAGAGCAAGAAGCGGAUCCGCGAGGCCAAGCGCAGCGCGCGGCCGGAGCUGAAGGACUCGCUGGACUGGACGCGGCACAAUUACUACGAGAGCUUCUCGCUGAGCCCCGCGGCCGUGGCGGAUAACGUGGAGAGGGCGGACGCGUUGCAGCUCUCCGUGGAGGAAUUUGUGGAGCGCUACGAAAGACCGUACAAGCCCGUGGUCCUGCUGAACGCCCAGGAGGGCUGGUCCGCGCAGGAGAAGUGGACUCUGGAGCGCCUGAAAAGGAAGUACCGGAACCAGAAGUUCAAGUGUGGCGAGGAUAACGACGGCUACUCCGUGAAGAUGAAGAUGAAAUACUACAUCGAGUACAUGGAGAGCACUCGGGAUGACAGCCCCCUUUACAUCUUCGACAGCAGCUACGGCGAACACCCCAAGAGAAGGAAACUUCUGGAAGACUACAAGGUGCCCAAGUUUUUCACCGACGACCUUUUCCAGUAUGCUGGGGAGAAGCGCAGACCCCCGUACAGGUGGUUUGUGAUGGGGCCGCCACGCUCUGGAACCGGAAUCCACAUCGAUCCUCUGGGAACCAGCGCCUGGAACGCCUUAGUUCAGGGCCACAAGCGCUGGUGCCUGUUCCCAACCAACACGCCCAGGGAGCUCAUCAAGGUGACCCGUGAAGAAGGAGGGAACCAGCAAGACGAAGCCAUUACCUGGUUUAACAUCAUCCAUCCACGGACACAGCUUCCAACCUGGCCGCCGGAAUUCAAGCCCCUGGAAAUCUUGCAAAAGCCAGGAGAGACUGUGUUUGUGCCAGGAGGCUGGUGGCACGUCGUCCUCAACCUUGACACCACCAUCGCCAUCACCCAAAAUUUUGCCAGCAGCACCAACUUCCCGGUUGUGUGGCACAAGACGGUAAGAGGGAGACCAAAGUUAUCGAGGAAAUGGUAUAGGAUCUUGAAGCAAGAGCACCCUGAGUUGGCCGUCCUGGCCGACUCCGUGGACCUGCAGGAGUCCACGGGGAUCGCGUCCGACAGCUCCAGCGACUCCUCCAGUUCCUCCAGCUCCAGCUCCUCCGACUCGGACUCAGAGUGCGAGUCCGGGUCCGAGGGGGACGGCACGACGCACCGCAGGAAGAAGAGGCGCACGUGUGGCAUGAUGGGCAACGGCGACACCACCUCCCAGGACGACUGUGUCAGCAAAGAGCGCAGCUCCUCCAGGUGACCCUGCGCGCUGUGGCCUGUGUGGAAGGACGUCCCCAGAGGGCGGCCCGCCGGCCCCUGCACACCUGGGGAGGGCACGGCAGAGCCAGAGGCCAGGGUGGCCGGUCGCGAGUCCCUUCUCUUAGCUUUGGCUGCGGUGGCUUUCGCUCUGCUCCCGCCGCUGAGGAGUGGGGCUUGUGUGACGCGUCAAAGCAGGAAUCUCUGUGGAAGGUGCCAAGGAAUCCCUUUACGUUAUUUAAUAAAAUGUGAGCCCAUUUUACAGCCUUGGAGUGUUUUCCUUUGAGAAUUCAGGACCCGCCCCUGUGGUCUUGGGGGAAGCGG